AAGUGCAAUGAAGUUCUCCCAGAAAUAAAGAAAUCAGAAUACAAGUGCUGCCAACAAAGUUAUGCUCCAAAUUUAAAACAGAAAUGUUUUUCCAGAUACUGUUGUGUCAGUGGUCUAGAAUUGGUAAAAAUCUGAAACAUUUUUCACACAAGGAAAUUAUACUGAAUGGGAAAAAAUGUUUAAUACAAUAAUUCAGGGAGGCAAGCUUGUUAACCAGCACUAUCUCUGUUCAUAUUAAAAUUUCAGAUUUUAAAAUUACUAACAGUCAUGUGAGCACUGGAACUCAGAAAAUACAGCAAACUAUUAUUUGUCCUUCUGUAUUUGCAACCACUACUUCAUUUUAUUUUAUUUUUUUUUAAACUUGGCUGCAAUGAAAUACUAUAUUUCUAAGCUUGGAAUGCAAGUACGUUUACACUGUGGCCUACCAGAGAAACAAGAACAUUGGUAAGACCUAUUCAGUGUUAAAAUGUAAUUGUAUAGAAGAUGCGAAGUCUCUCUCAGUUGGAAUAAUAUUAGUAGUCUUGAACGAAACACCCCGUUAUACACAUCAGAAAGUCUUUUUUAAAAAAAAAAAGCGUCUCGAAACAGCAGUAUUUGCUGCAGUAUUGCAGUAAACUCUCAAGCAAAUCAUCUUCAGAGAUGCUAGAACACAUAAAAUUUCCCUCAACUCCAAAUGAUUGUUUUCUUUAGCAUGAAGGUCAUAGAAAAUGCUUAAUUUCAUUACCUCAGACUAUCUAAGGAAACAUUCCCAGCAGAAAACUUGCCUUUUCCUGUAGUCUUUUACUGUCCAGUCUGGAGAAAAAUCCCAAACAAGCUGGAGUACGUAUUCUAAAUAACUACUACUUACUUCACACAUGUUUUAUAAACUUAAUAAAAAGAAAGCCAUUUUCUAUUUUACAGAGCAAUAAAUCUGAAUUUUCAGAAGUGUCUUGCAAAGAUGUCUCAGAGAAGCACAAAACAGUUCAUUGGGAAAGGACCUCCAAAGAUCAUCAGGUCCAAACUUCAAUGGAAAAUGGGGCCUAUAUGAGACUACACAGCAUCCUUUGCAAGAGUACCUUGAAAACCUACAGAUAGGAAUUUUAUCACAUUAUUGGUUGCUGCAGUAAUGAUUGUUAUCACUGUAAAAAAACUGCUUUCUUAUAUCAAGGCAAAACUUCUCCCAGUGUAGCUUGUAGCUUUUGACACUUGCUUUCCUCCACUGAUUGUAGGUUAAGACUUGUACUGUUACAGCUACCUUGUGAUCUAUGCUCCAGUUACGCUGGCAAAGUCACAGGUGAAGAAGGUAAUAAGAACCUCUACCUUGUCAUAAUUAUUAACAACCAGCUUUGCUGUCUGUUUAUCAGUGGGAAUAUGUCUUCCCUGUGCACUUCUGCUUUGCUCAUGUAACUAAAGAAACCUUUCUCAUUUCUGUCAUCUAAGGCAAUUUCCAGCCUUGAUCCUUAGCUUCCCCGAUGGCAACUUUGCAUGCCCUAGCAACAUUUCUGUAGUCCUUAAUGCAUAGCGGGUCACUUCUCCAUAGAUUGUAUGCUUCUUUUUUGCUUUUAAGCACACAGAGAAGCUCAUUAUUUAGGAAGGGUGGCCUCCUGUUCUGUCUCCUCCCCUUCCCUUUGUAGGGGAUGGAAUGUUGUAAUUCUGAAGGAUUGUUAUCGAAUAAUUCCCAGCACUUACAAGCUUCUUUGACCUGCACAGAUGCCUACCAAGGAAUCCCUCAUAGCUGGGUGCUAAGCAUCCUGAAGUUGGAACUUCUAAAAUCAAAAACAAAUGCCAGGAGAGCAGUAGAUAGAGGAUACGUACACAUGCUUUUAACAAUUUACGUUGAUUGGCACCGUCAUGAUAGUCGACACAGAUAUAUGCUGAUACGUAAAGGAGUUUUACAGUGCAUUAAGAGUGUAACAAACAUCAAAUUGGGAAGAAAAGCAUUCAUUGAUGCAAAUGGGAUGAAAAUUCUUUAUAACACUUCACAAGAGUGCCUUGCAGUAAGAACUCUUGAUCCACUUGUCAACACAUCCAGCCUAAUAAUGAGAAAAUGUUUUCCUAAAAAUCGUCUUCCUUUACCAACUAUUAAAAGUGCUUUUCACUUCCAACUCCCAGUUAUUCCUUCCAGUGGUCCUGUGGCUCAAAUGUACAGUUUGCCUCCUGAUGUGGAUGAUGUGGUAGAUGAAAGUGAUGACAACGAUGAUACUGAAAUAGAAUCAGAAGUUGAAACUGAAGAUGACAAGGACCAAAAUUUUAAGAAUGAUGAUAUUGAAACUGACAUUAAUAAACUGAAACCUAGACAGGAACUGGGACGACCCUUAGAAGAACUGAAAAUGUAUGAGCAGUUUUUCCCAGAACUUACUGAAAACUUUCAGGAAUGUGAUUUAGUAUCCAAGGAACCAAAGCCUUUUGUACCUGAUGCAAAUCUGGGUGGACCUAUUGUGGUUCCUACAGCAGGAGAGGAGUUCUCAGCUGAAACAGAUCCAUCAGUGAUAGGAAUUUCUUUGAAGGAGAGCAAUCCAUUACUGACAGAGGAAUAUAAUAGAAGGCCAGCUUUUCUGGAACUACCAAAGAAAGAUAGUAUCAAAGACAGUAGCUUACUUCGGCAAAAUGUUCGAAGGAAUCUGCUUCCAUCAUGCGAGAGUCUGAGCCAAGAAAUUGUGAAAGGCUUGGACAGAAUCAGUCUGCAAAACACUGCAGAAAAUGAUCAGUACUAUGCUACAGAGUGUGUUAUAAAAAAAGAAAACAAAACUAGCCUCACCCCACUUGCUUGUAGUAAAACUUGUGAACAUGUUUCACCCUGUGGAAAUAGCCUUUUUGAAGGAUCAUCUGUCCAUCUUGGGAAAUUCUGCUGCACAGGAGUGGAAUCAGAGGAGGAGGAUACCAAAUCUAGUUCAUCAGGGGAACAAGUGGAGCUUGAGGUUUCUGAUAUAUCUCCUGUUCAUGACUGCGAUCUUUAUAUAGAAAUGGUGAAAACCACAAAAUCUAUUCCUGAAUAUUCAGAAGUGGCCUAUCCUGAUUAUUUUGGCCAUAUUCCACCCCCCUUUAAGGAGCCUAUCUUGGAAAGGCCUUAUGGAGUGCAAAGGACAAAAAUAUGUCAAGACAUUGAAAGACUAAUUCAUCAAAAUGAUAUUAUAGACAGAGUUGUGUAUGACCUCGACAAUUCCAGUUGUUCAGUACCUGAAGAAGUGGAUGUUUUGAAGUUUAAUUCCAAAUUUGAGUCUGGAAACCUGCGCAAAGUCAUUCAGAUUAGAAAAAACGAGUAUGAUCUAAUUCUGAACUCAGAUAUAAAUAGCAAUCAUUAUCAUCAGUGGUUUUACUUUGAAGUCAGUGGAAUGAAAACAGGCAUCGGUUACCGUUUUAACAUCAUCAACUGUGAAAAGUCAAACAGUCAGUUUAACUACGGUAUGCAGCCACUUAUGUAUUCUGUUCAGGAGGCACUAAAUUCUCGACCCUCUUGGACUCGUGUUGGGGCAGAUAUUUGUUACUAUAAGAAUCAUUUUUCAAGAAGUUCAAUUGCUGCUGGGGGUCAGAAAGGAAAAUCUUAUUACACAAUUACAUUUACAGUGACUUUUCAACAUAAAGAUGAUGUCUGCUACUUUGCUUACCAUUAUCCCUAUACGUACUCAACAUUGAAGAUGCAUCUUCAGAAGUUGGAAUCUAUGCACAACCCUCAACAGAUAUAUUUUCGACAAGAUGCUCUCUGUGAGACUCUGGCUGGCAACACAUGUCAUGUAGUCACUAUUACAGCCAUGCCAGAAUCGAGUUACUAUGAACAUAUCUGUCAAUUCAGGAAUCGUCCUUAUAUUUUCCUAUCUGCUCGUGUACAUCCUGGAGAAACGAAUGCAAGCUGGGUUAUGAAAGGAACACUGGAAUAUCUUAUGAGUAAUAACCCAAGUGCCCAAAGUUUACGAGAGUCUUACAUUUUCAAAAUUAUUCCCAUGCUCAAUCCAGAUGGUGUCAUCAAUGGGAACCACCGUUGCUCUUUAAGUGGAGAAGAUUUAAACAGACAGUGGCAAAAUCCAAAUCCAGAUCUGCAUCCCACAAUUUACCAUGCUAAAGGCUUACUGCAAUAUCUGGCUGCUAUAAAGCGUUUACCUCUGGUUUACUGCGAUUAUCACGGUCACUCUCGUAAAAAGAAUGUAUUCAUGUAUGGCUGCAGCAUCAAAGAGACAAUGUGGCACACAAAUGUUAACACUGCCUCUUGUGAUCUAGUGGAAGACCCUGGUUACAGAGUACUCCCGAAAAUCUUGAGUCAAACUGCCCCAGCGUUCUGUAUGGGCAGCUGCAGCUUUGUAGUGGAAAAGUCCAAGGAGUCAACAGCACGAGUUGUUGUCUGGAGGGAGAUAGGAGUACAGAGGAGCUACACGAUGGAAAGCACAUUAUGUGGGUGUGACCAGGGCAAAUAUAAGCACAAAAGCCUUAUAAAAGAGGGGUUGCAAAUAGGGACAAGAGAACUGGAGGAAAUGGGAGCCAAGUUCUGUGUUGGCUUACUGCGUUUAAAAAGAAUGGCUUCACCUUUGGAAUACAGUCUGCCUUCUGGUCUGCUGGAUAUUGAAAGUGAGCUGAUUGAGUCAAGCUGUAAAGUGACAAGCCCUACAACAUACGUUUUGGAUGAAGAUGAGCCUCGCUUUCUUGAAGAAGUUGAUUAUAGUGCAGAAAGUAAUGAUGAUCAAGAUGUUGAAUUAGCUGAUAAUGUGGGUGAUUAUGAGGCCAGCAAUCAAGAAGAUGGACUCUCAGACUCAGAUUCAACCAGGAUACUCCUUUCUUGAAGCAUCUUUGCAGCUGGUAAUAAGAAAUGAGGAAUCUUGGGUUCUUGUACUCACAUACUUCUUCACUCAAGUCUACUAAGGGGAUAAGCUUAAAGAACCACAGUAACUGGGUCCUUUCAAGCUCAAGGACAAUAAAUAUUUCUGAUUUCUCAUAAAUUGGCACUUAUUUUAUUUAAGGAGUUCUCUGUUUUCUCUGAGCAUGAACUAGAUAAAUUUCCUUACUGGUUCAUUUUCUACUGAGUAACAUUGCAUGACAUUUUGUGUCCUUAAAGCCUAUCAUAAAAAAAAAAAAAAGAAAAAGAAAAAAAAAAAAGGAUAAUAAUUUGUGAUGUGUCAGGAUACAGAAAUGCAUUCUUUGUGCUAGGGCUGCUUUCUGAAAAAUUCAUCUGUACAGAUUUUUUUAAAUUCUGUUUGUAUGUGUGUGUGUAUAUGCGCGUGUGUAUACUGAGGUGAAAAGGUUAUUUUUCAAUAUCAUGUUAAUACAGAUACUUGAUUGUGUUUGCAAUAAUGUAGUGCCUGCUCUGAAAUCAUUUGAUAAUUACCAAAUUAAAAAUGAAAAAGUGAUGUAUGAAUUGUUGCUCUUGUUUCUUGCUUCUGAGGAUUGUAUGAUGUUACCGUAGUACUAGCUGAAACUAUAACAUCUGUUCAUAGUACAAAGUUCUGCACUGCAACCAAUUCUGCCUGUAUUCACAAGAACUGUACACUUGUUUAAAAGUCUUUCCCUAUUAAAAAAACAUGGCUUAAUAUGAAAAGAUGAAGUGUACAUGACUACAAGAAGUGGAUUAGAUGUGUGCCUUGUAUGUAUGUUUAGCUACCUGUUGCUUGUUUUCUCUUGUUCAGUAUGCACGUAGUUAAAGAGUUCAAUUUACUGCAGGCACAAUAAUGUAUAUAUCCAAUUUAAAUGCUUAAAGAGGGAAGGUCCAAUUUUGUUGAAACAUCUUUUAAUUGGUCUGAAUUCAGUGUUAAACCUUCUCUGAGAAGGAGAUUGGACUAUGUAGCCUCCUGAGCUCCUUUCCAGCCUGAAAAACUGUGCUAUGAUUUUGUAUUCUUCAUGUCUAAAGCCAAGCUGUCAGACACGAGUUUUCAUUUUUUUGUCUUCUCCUGUCAUCUGCCAGCUCCUUUGCCUCUUAUCUUUGCUUAGUAUAAAAUCUAAUGCAGAAAUGAAGUUGCACACUUUCAUUUACAGAACUCGCAUGUUUUGCAAUGAAAAAUAUUUUUCCGAAAGAUUUUCACUGGAUGUGACCUCAUUGCAUUAUUCAUUUUCUGUUGCAUGUGCAGAGGCUUAAAGAGCAUGAAGAAUAACACUCAUUAAUUGCAGGAGGGUUUAAUUGAUGAGAACAUUGCAUUUACUAUUGCAAAUGAAACUAUAUGAAGGGUGCCAUUGGCAGAAGGAUUAAAAAAAAUCAGGGAAUUAACUGUGUUGAUUCAUUAACGCUAGGACGCUGUUUUUCACCAGGAGUUGCCAUUUCAAAUGGAGUGCUGGUUAGUGAUGUCUGUAUCAUUCUAAUUCUGAAACUGAGGAAGGGUUUCUGACCCUCUGGUGAUUUGCUGCUAUAUUUUUGUUUAAAGAUUUACAUUUAUGCUAAUAAUUACACACUGUGGAGGUGUGAGGCUAUAAUGAAGUCAGAUUCUUAUCCCCAUAUAUAUUUCUAUCUAGUGAAAAUUAUAAUUUCUCGUAUUCUUAGAGCUACAUACUGUAAACAAGAAAGUUUAUUUCAUAACCUGUUGAAGAGGUGUUACCUGCACUGAAAUUACAGGGAAUUACCUGCCAAGAAGGAGGAUUGAACUUACCACAGACUUUGAAAUAUCUUUAACCCAAUUAAAGCAGUGCAGAAUGCUCUUAUUACAGUGCCACUUUACUAGGUCUCUGCAUGAAUAGAUUUUCAUCCUUAUGGAUUCACACAUCAGUAACUUCAGUGAAUAAUUUUGGCUUAAAUUUUGGAAGGUGCAGGAUGCCAGGUGUUAGUUAACCCAACUGUGCAUUUUUUCAUGACUUCUCCUAUAAAUUUGUAUGAGUCCUGGAAUACUUUUUGCACACUACAAGCAAGACUAGAAAUGUGCUAGAUCCAAUUAGAAAUAAUUCUGGUUUAGUAGUAAAAAAACAAAUAUGGCAUUUUCAUCCAAAAUAAAUACACAUCUACAUACUCGUGUCUUGUUCAGCUUCUAGAUAGUGCAAAAAAAAAAAAAAAAAAAAAAGAA